CAUCUAACUUCCUCGUGGUAUUAGGGUAUAUCAGUUACCACGUCCUCGCCAAUCAGGAUCAUUGGAGUCACACGGCGUUAUUUUCUAAAUGCGAGGACGCAACACGUGACGAUGGAGGAUGACAACUAUGCCCCAGCGCGCCCGCCACGCCAGUCCUUGGACGACCAGCUGUGGUACUGGGGUAAAAUUUCGCGGGAGGAGGUAAAAGAUUUAAUGAGGGAUCGAUGUGACGGAUCUUUUCUCGUUCGGGAUUCCGCUAAUUCAACGGGUGAAUACACAUUGACUGUACGAAAGGGAGGGGCCAGUAAACUGAUGAAGAUUUACAGAACUACAGAUGGAGGUUACGGCCUUGUCAUGGGGGAGUCUUUUUCAACGGUCAUGUCCUUGGUGGAAUUUUACGGUGAUCAUUCACUGAGUCAAUUCAAUGCUUCAAUGGACAUAAUGUUGGCCCAUCCUGUUAACCGGAGCUUAUCCAACGUGUUUGACGGUUUGACACUUUCCGAUUUUGAAACCUUACACGUGGAGUACAUGGACCAAAUGUACGAAUAUGACCUGCUCCUCGACAAACAUUCGGAACAGCUGGAUAUACUUCAGAACAAACAACAGUGUCUGGCUGUGUAUAAAGCAAGUAUCGAGGUGUACCAGGAACAAGUCGAUCUGCUUCAAGAAUGUGUCCGCAGUGCACCAGUUGACGACAUUACAAGAUUGCACAUGAAUUUCUCGAUGUUGAAUGAGCGGCUUUCUAAUCUGCGUAAGGAUAUGAAAAGCCUGGAACCGGAGAUAAGGCGGACAGGGGCAGUAGUGUGGUCAUACCAAGCCGACUUGGACGAGUUAAAGCCCAUCAUUACCAAAUUAAGGAACCGCCGCACUAACGCAUCCGAUGAUCUCACGAAGAAUGACACAACCGGUGAUAUAGAGGCAAAAAUCGCAGAGACUAUUGGAAACCCACUACUAAACAAACGUUCCUGGUAUUUGGACGCGGAUAGGGACGAAGCCGUUAAGGUCUUGGCCGACGCCGAGACUGGUACUUUCCUCAUCCGACCAAAGAAGCCAAGCCUUCGAAAAUGUUUGUCGAUAAAGUGUGACAAUGGUGUAAAGCACUGUAUCAUUGAAGUAAAUGAACAAGGGAGGUGUGGAUUUGACGAUACUUACGAAUUCGAAAGCCUGAUAAAAUUUAUCACUUACUUCAACAAACACUCACUUUUGCCGUACAACAAACAGACGAACACACGUCUCGUUCAUCCUGCUCUGGUUAUCGAAGAACCAUUUUAUGACGUCGUUUAACGAAUCCAACAACUCCCACACAACCGGAAGUCAAACUGUGUAAUAAGGAUUGGCAAUGAAAAGCUCGACUUAUCAACUGGAAUUCUGAGUUAAGGAAUCAUAUUGAUUGAAACGAAUCACAGUCACGCGCUUCUGGUUUUAAAGAUACAUCAUUAAUACGAGAUUAGUUUGUAAAAUUUAUAAAUGUGUUGUUAACGAACGUCUGUCUUACAUUUCUAAGACUGGAAGCGAGUGCCUGUGGAUAAAUUAAAAGAGGAUUUUAAUUUGAUCACGGGUACAAUUGAUAGACUACUUUUCUGUCUAUGGUGGGGUUUCGGAGAAUACUGUCUCACUCGUUAAUGAAUCGUACGAGGUGUAAUUAUUGACAGGUUACAGAACGGACUGGAUCACUGACUAGUUACAAAUCUGACUGGAUCAUUGACAAGUUACCAAUCUGACCGGAUCACUGACAAGUUACCAAUCUGACUGGAUCACUGACAAGUUACAAAUCUGACUGGAUCAUUGACAAGUUACCAAUCUGACUGGAUCACUGACAAGUAACCAAUCUGACUGGAUCACUGACAAGUUACCAAUCUGACUGGAUCACUGACAAGUUACAAAUCUGACUGGAUCACUUACAAGUUACAAAUCUUUCUGAAUCACUGACAAGUUACAAAUCUGACUGGAUCACUGACAAGUUACCAAUCUGAAUGAAUCACCGACAAGUUACAAAUCUCACUGGAUCACUGACAAGUUACAAAUCUGACUGGAUCAUUGACAAUUUACCAAUCUGACCGGAUCACUGACAAGUUACCAAUCUGACUGGAUCACUGACAAGUUACAAAUCUGACUGGAUCACUGACAAGUUACCAAUCUGAAUGAAUCACUGACAAGUUACCAAUCUGACUGAAUCACCGACAAGUUACCAAUCUGACUGGAUCACUGACAAGUUACCAAUCUGACUGGAUCACUGACAAGUUACAAAUCUGACUGGAUCACUGACAAGUUACAAAUCUUUCUGAAUCACUGACAAGUUACAAAUCUGACUGGAUCACUGACAAGUUACCAAUCUGAAUGAAUCACCGACAAGUUACAAAUCUCACUGGAUCACUGACAAGUUACAAAUCUGACUGGAUCAUUGACAAUUUACCAAUCUGACCGGAUC